AUGGCACACUGGACACAUAUCGCUCACUUUGAGGCUGAGGAUGGCAAAAAAUAUUUUGCGUCCAUCAAGUCUGAAUCAGAUGUUGCCCGGCUAUCAGGCUUAAGUGUCACCGGCUUCUCAUCGUUCCUUGAUUUGGUAGAGAACGGUGAAGGAUAUCCCGUUACAAUAAAACAGGUCUUGGCUCCGGUACCAUAUAACGGAGACAUUAUCUGCAUAGGGCUCAAUUACCGCAAGCAUGCAGAAGAGGCGAAUGUGAGGCUACAGCUCACAGUACCACUUGACCCCGUCAUGUGGUAUAAGCCCCGGCGAGCCCUUCGCGGACCAGGACAAGUUGUAAUCCCGAAAGUAGCGGCGGACAAUUUUCCUGAUUUCGAGGUAUUCCACACUGGUGUCCUUUUGUCCCAUCUUAUGUUCGAGGUCAUGCUAACCGUAAGGCAGGGAGAACUCGUCAUCGUCACAUCCAAAGACGCCUUGAAUGUCAGCAUUGAGGAUGCUCCAGGAUACAUCCUAGGUUACACAGUUGGGAAUGAUCUGACAGCUCGUGGAUACCAAGACCCUAAAAGGGGAGGACAACAAUUCACUCGAUGCAAAGCAUUCGAUGGUUUCGCUCCGUUGGGGCCGGUGCUGGCGAACGCACAGUCGUUUGGCGACACGGCCGGCAAGCGGAUCGUUACCAAGGUCAACGGCAAGGUAUUCCAGGAUAGCUACUGUGACUUGAUUAACGACGCAGCUACGCUAGUGAGCUUUCUCUCGCAAGGGACGACGUUGCCGGCAGGGUCCAUGAUAAUGACAGGAUCUCCCCCCGGCAUCGGAUACUUUUCCAACCCCCAAUAUCAGCUGAGGGAUGGAGAUGUCGUGUCCGUCGAAAUAGGCGGAAUUGGUACUCUUCUGAACACCAUGGUUUUCGAGUAG